AUGACUGGACAGAGGACAACAUCCCUGCACCCAACAGAGUCCAGCAUGAAAAACGCAACCAAAUAUUAUGGGAACUUUGUCAUUCUAUUGAGUUCAUCUACAGAUCAACAAGAUCAACCUGUAAUUAAAUCACUAGUUUAUGUUAUUCUGUUCAUCUGCCUGUUGGGGCUGGUGGGAAAUGGGCUUGUGCUCUGGUUCCUUGGCUUCCACAUUAAGAGGAAUGCCUUCACCGUCUAUGUCCUCAACCUGGCUGCUGCUGACUUUGGCUUCCUCCUCUGCUUGGCUCUUUCCUGUACAGUCUUCGACUUCAAUUUAUUGUACUUAUCAAUGUCAUUGGACUUGUUGAUGGUGUUCACGUACAGCACCAGGCUGUCCUUUCUGACAGCCAUCAGUGUGGAAAGGUGCGCAUCUGUCCUUUGCUCCAUCUGGUAUCGAUCCUACUGCCCCAAGCACCUCUCUGCCAUUCUCUGUGCAUUGCUCUGGGCUCUCUCCUGCCUGCUCACUGGACUGAAAGCAUAUGUUUGCUUUUCCGACUCCUGCUCUGAACAUCGUCAAGAGAUACUCCUCCAGCUCACUAGAAUGAAUUUCCAGAUAUUCACCCCCAUCAUAGUUCUGACAAGUCUGAUCCUCAUCAUCAAGGUCCAAAGAAGUUCCCUGCGACACCAGCCAAGAAAGCUCUACAUUGUUAUCUCGCUGAAUGUCCUCUUCUUCCUCCUCUUAAUUGUUUCCUUCAGUAUUGUCACCUUCUUCCAAAAAGCUAUUAAUUAUGACUAUUUUAUUAAUUCUAGUUUAAUGCUGGCCCCUAUCAACAGCAGCAUUAACCCAGUUAUUUACUUCCUCAUUGGGAGCUAUAGGAAUCAACAAUUUGGGGGAUCAGUCAAAAAGGCACUCAGGAGUAUGUUUGAAGAGGAGGCAGAUAUCAGAGAGGAAAGGGUUAGUGCUACUUAA